ACAGCACCACUCCCUACCCACCCCACUACACCUACGUCUGCCUGGUUCAGACCCAGACAGCCAUCACUGCUGCCACUGCUCAGUCAACUCAUCUGAAAGGUCUGAAAAAGUUCCCCGAAUAUCUAGAUAUGAUGCUGCUAGUCUCCUUCAGCUUGUCAUUGCUUCUGAUUCCAGAUCCAGUGUCACGUGUGGGUGCACAGACAUGGCCUGAGACAGUGCGCGUGGUCUUGGGUCAGGAUCUGGUCCUGAACUGCACCUACAACUGCUCCUCCGGCUUCAUCAAGGGCUGCUGGGUCCAGGGGGGCUUGACACGGGGCCCAUUGGAGGGCCACCAAGACGCGCAUUGUCUGUCCAUCACCAAGGACAACAUCCAGGGUGACCUCUGUUCUCUGUCCCGGACGGUGUCUAGCAUGACGGUUAACGACACGAGGUACAACUACACUUGUGUCACGGAGGACAUGGGGCAGGAGAGCCUGCCACGCAGGAAGGAGAGGGUGGUGCAGCUGCAGCUACCUCAAGAUACUUCAGAUUUCUCAGGCCAGAUGGUCUCUUCACCAGCUGAGACCACAGCUGCCUCAGAUGUUUCUAAGACCACCAUGGUGAAAACGGAGCAGGAUGAGGAUCAGGAGUCUACAGGUGUCAAGGUGUUAGCAACAGUCUCCGUUGUGGUUGCCGUGGUGUUGACUGUACUAGCGGCACAUCUGUGCUUGAGUCGUGGUAGAGGCCCGAAAGGAAAUCCUACUUUUACAUCUCUCAAGACUUCUUCAGAAAAUAUUAGGGUUGUUCGACCCACAACGACAGGCCCAAGCUCAGUAGUACCAGAGAGAGUGGCCCUGAGAAUUACACCUCCCGAUGACCAGAGUGAUCACGAGGUUCCUUACGCUGACAUCAUGAUCUCUGUCCGAGGAUCCAGCACACCGGAACUCACCACGGCCUCCUACCUGACCGCAGGGGAGCACAGAGAGUGUUGGAGAGAGGAGGCUGGGCCGGGCCUCCACCCCCGUGCUAAUCUCCAGGCCUGCAGGUCUGCUGACAGGCUGCAUCCCUACCCCAGGGAGGUGAACCGCAAGAUGAGCACCAGCUCUGAGUACGCUGUCAUCACUUACUCUUAGAUGAGGUGGAUGAAUGUGGAGGGGGGGAUAGUCAUGGAGAGAAGGUGGGGAUGGAAAAAAGGGGGGUUGAAGAGGGGAGAAAUAAUUUAAAAAAAUUAAGCUCAUAUAGCUAUUUACAAACACCAUUUCCCUUACCCCAUGCACACUCACAUAGUAUUCCCACAUAGUAUUAUUUUCUUCCUGUACAUUUUUUCGUGUAAAUGUUUUUUUUUUAAUCUAUUUGUUCUUAGACUGACAAGAUGGGUGUGAUGUGACGAUAUAUAACUGUUUUAUGAAUGGAUUAGACUCUUCGUGGUCUGUUUUUGGUGUUUGUUUUGUCAAUUAAAGCUAAAUAAAAACACAA